AUGUCAUUCCGUCCCUUGAUCCGACGGGCCGUGGCGGUCUUCCGUCGCUCCUCGGCCGAUAGGGAGGAGGCUACAACCUCUUCCGUUGAUACCGGGGUCGACGUCGACAGGAGUACCGUUCAUAAUAGCAAAACAGAUGGGGAACGUGUCCCCCAUCCCGAAGAGGCACUCCCAAAUAACGGUGCCGAGUUGCCCGGUGUUCCUUUUGAUGAACUCCAGUCUGGUGUUCAGCAGGCCGAGGCUGUCGCUGCAAGCUGGUCUAAAGCGUCACUUAUCUUCGUCUUCAUCAAUAUUUGGUUCCUCUAUCUCGUCUACGCUUGGGUGUCAUCGGUGAAUACCAGUUUGAGCUCUUACGUCGCCAGUUCUUUCCAACAGCACUCUCUCUCCGGUCUUCCGACAGCUGUCGCCGAUGCAUUUUCUGCCGCAGUCUUCCUUCCGGUAGCUAAGAUGAUGGACACGUGGGGCCGUGCCGAAGGUUUCUUCCUGAUGUCGGCCUGCGCGACUAUUGGUCUGAUUCUCAUGGCCAGUUGCGACAGUUUUGCCAUCUACUGUGCUGCUAAUGUGUUCUACUACUUUGGUUUCAGUGGCAUGGAGUUCUGUGUGGACGUCAUCACCGCCGAUAUCUCUCAGUUGAAAAACCGAGCCCUUGCAUACGCUUUCACAUCCUCUCCAUACAUUAUCACUGCCUUUGCUGGACCAAAGGUAGCGGAUCAGUUCUACGCCCAUACUGGUUGGCGAUGGGCCUACGGCACCUUUGCCAUUAUUUUCCCCAUCGUUGCUGCUCCUUUGUUCUUCGUGUUGAAGUUCAACUUGUCGAAGGCUAAGAAGGGCAACGCUGUGGUCGUCAAAGAAAACAGUGGCCGUAACUUCUUCCAAAGUGUCUGGUUCUGGGUCCUUGAGUUCGACCUUAUCGGUGUCUUCAUCUUUACUGCUGGGCUUCUUCUCUUUGAGAUCCCCUUUGAUAUUGCUAGCGAGGCCCCGAAGGGCUGGGGUACCGGAUAUAUCAUCGCUAUGAUUGUCGUCGGGUUCUCAAUGCUUUUCUUCUUCGUCCUCUUUGAGCGAUUUGUGGCCCCAACCCCUCUAUUGCCAUACCAAUUCCUCACCAACCGCACAGUUGUUGGUGCUUGCCUGUUGGAUGCAACCUACCAGCUCUCCAACUACUGCUGGAACAAUUACUUCCAGAACUUCCUUCAGGUUGUCAAUGACCUGAGCAUUGCAGACUCUGGGUACAUUGUGAACACCUUCGACGUCGUAUCCGGCGUGCUUCUCUUCUUUGUGGGAGCAGCUAUCCGCAAAACCGGCCGUUUCAAGUGGCUUCUCUAUAUCUCCGUUCCCCUAUACAUUCUCGGACAGGGUCUUAUGAUCCACUUCCGUCGCCCCGAUCAAAAGGUUGGCUAUCAGGUCAUGUGCCAAAUCUUCUUGUCCGUUGGUGGAUCAAUCUUCAUCAUUGUCGAACAGCUCGCUAUUCUGGCUGCUGUUGACCACCAGCACGUUGCCACAGCACUUGCUUUGCUCAAUGUUGUUGGAACCAUUGGUGACUCUGCGGGUCUUACCAUCUGUACAGCAAUCUGGAGCAACACCUUCAAGAAGGCUCUCAUUGCCAGGCUGCCGGAUCUCUCGAACCUGGAUGCUAUUUACGAAGACAUCGAUACUCAGCUGAGCUACGCUGUUGGAACUCCUACCAGAAUCGCCAUCCAGGACGCGUACAGCUACACCCAGAUUAGAUUGCUCGCUACUGGGCUGGGAAUCAUGGCUCUUGCGUUCGCAUGGACCAUUAUGAUCAAGGACAUCAAUGUCAAGAAGGUUGCUCAGGUUAAGGGCGUGGUAUUCUAA